UUCUCCUGGUGGUCAUUUUGAACUCUUUGUUCUGAUUAGGUAGUUAGAGGCUCUGGUGCUGAGUCCCUAUUAGGACGAGGCACCAGAAGCCGUGUCCCCGCUGUGCAGUGGUGUGUCUGAGGCUUGAUUAGCUGCAACAGGAGGGAUUGAGGUCCCCGUGCCUCCCAGAUUCCGUUUUGCUUACAGACUUCAACUCAGCCUUCAUCCUUGGGUCCAGGCGUCUGUCAGGUCCUGCAGCCCAGGUUGCAGCGUCCAGAACCGAUAUGAACUUUGAAGACUUGGCCAUUGCCUUCUCUCAGGAGGAGUGGAAUCUUCUUGAUGAGGAUCAGAGACUUCUGUACUGCGAAGAGAUGCUAGAAGUUUUUGCACUUGUAUCAUCUGUAGGUUGUUGGCAUAAAAUGGAUGAGGAGGAGGUGCCUCCUGAGCAGAGAGUAUCUGUAGGAGAGUCACAGGUCGGGGCUUCUAAGACAGCUCCAGCAACCCAGAAGACCUACCUGUGUAAGCGGUGCUUCUCAGUUUUAAAAGAUAUUUUGCACCUGACAGAGUUACAAGCAGCAUACUGUGAGCAGAAAGCCUUCUUCAGUGACACAUCUGUGAAAGACUUCUUUUUCAGUGCAAACUGUCACCAGCAGCAAAGAGAUGCCAGUGGAGAGAAGUCCUGGAGAGAAGAUAUGGACAGGGCCUCGUUUGUGUCCAGGUGCAGCUUCUAUUUAACAUGGGUGCCUUCGACCAGUAGGGAGGUUGGCAAAGACUUGCCAGCCAUCUCAGAUAUUCUCCAACACCAGGCCACUGUUAGCACUGAGGAGCCACACAAUAGCAGUGAGAUUUCCUAUGAAUUUCUCGGUGGAAAAAGUCAUCACCAAUGUGUUGAAUGUGAAAAAGCUGCCAACAUCUACCAGAAGGUUGUUCAGCAUCUGGGUGUCUGCUCUGGAGAAGUGAAUUAUGAGUGUAACAAAUGUGGGCAAGGUUUUAGACAAAUGUUUAACCUCAUUCAGCAUAAGGGAGUUCACAAUGGACAAAGACCCUAUGAAUGUAGUGAUUGUUGGAAGUUCUUCAGAAAUAAGUCUAAUCUCAUUCAACACCAAAGAGUUCAUACUGGAGAAAAGCCAUAUGAGUGUAGUGAAUGUGGCAAGAUCUUCAGCCAAAGUUCUACGCUCAGUCAACACAAAAGAGUUCACACUGGAGAAAAGUCUUAUGAGUGUACUUACUGUGGAAAGGCCUUCCGUGAAAAGUCUCACCUCAUUAAACACUACAAAGUUCACACUGGGGAAAAGCACCUGUCCCACUGCAACUGA